CCAAUAGCUACUUUCCUUACUGAGGAGUUGCUACAGUGGCACACGAAAGUUCGUCAGUCAACAUGGCGGCAGCGAUGGAUGUUGAUACCCCAAGCGCCACGAAUAGUGGCGCAAGCAAGAAACGUUUUGAAGUGAAGAAGUGGAAUGCAGUGGCACUUUGGGCCUGGGACAUUGUGGUGGACAACUGUGCCAUCUGUAGGAAUCACAUUAUGGAUCUCUGCAUAGAGUGCCAGGCUAACCAGGCCUCUGCCACAUCAGAGGAGUGCACUGUAGCCUGGGGAGUCUGCAAUCAUGCAUUCCAUUUCCACUGUAUCUCCCGUUGGUUGAAGACCAGGCAGGUGUGCCCCCUAGACAACAGGGAGUGGGAGUUUCAGAAAUAUGGACACUAGGUGCAAGACUCUGGACCAUUACUUGGGCUUCUGCAAGUUUCAUGCUUACUGUUGCUUUCUCCUUCUUCGUAUGAUUGACUCCACUUUGAGGACAUUGCAAAUACUGUUUUAGGCUAGCUGGAAAACAUUUUUUUUAGUUGAAUUUGCAAUGUUGUAAAUUUAUAAAUAAACAACAAUGUUCUGUGUAA